AUGUCAACCUCUUUCGCUAUCCGUUUCGUAUUUCCGCGCUCCGUCCCUCCCGUCCGCCCUCCCUAUCGCAUUCACGCGCUCCGUCCCUCCCGUCCGCAUACGCCGGUCGCCUUCACGCACUACGCCACUCCCGUCCGCUCUAUCACGAUCGCAUUCUCUCUCUCCGUCGCUCCCGUGCGUUCCCACGGUCGCAUUCACACGCUCCGUCCGUCCGUUGCUCUGCCACCGUCGCAUUCUCGCGCACCGUCCCUCCCGUGCGUUCCCACGGUCGCAUUCUCUCUCUCCGUCCCUCCCGUGCGUUCCCACGGUCGCAUUCUCUCCCUCCCGUCCGCUCUACCUCUCGCAUCCGCUCUCUCCGUCCAUUCCGUGCGCUCUACCUUUCCGCAUUCGCGCGCUCCGUCCCUCCCGUCCGCUCUACCUCUCGCAUUCGGUCUCUCCGUCUCUCCGUGCGCUCUACCUUUCCGCAUUCGCGCGCUCCGUCCCUCCCGUCCGCUCUACCUUUCGCAUUCGCUCUCUCCGUCCAUUCCGUGUGCUCUCCCUUCCGCAAUCGCGCGCUCCGUCCCUCCCGUCCGCUCUCCCUUACAUUCGUUAUCUCCGUCCCUCCCGUGCGCUGUCCGUACCUCAUUCGCGCGCUCCUUCCCUCCCGUCCGCUCUCCCACCGUUGCAUUCUCUCUCGCCGUCGCUCCCGUGCUCUCUCACCGUCGCAUUCUCCCUCUGUCGUUCCCAAGGUCUCCCACCGUCGCAUUCGCCAUCUCCUUCGCUCCCGUUCUCUAUCCCGGCCGCUCUCGUUCUCGGGUGCUCUCGCUCGGUCAGAUUUGCCCUCUCCGUCUCUACCGUGUGCUCUCUCGUUCGCAAUCGUGCCUUACUCUUCGCAAUUGCGCGCUCCGUCGCUCCCGUCCGUUCUCCGUGCUUUCCCACCGUCGCAUUCACCGACGAAUUCGCUCUCUCUGUCCCUCCCUUGCUCUCCCACCGUCGAAUUCUCUCUCUCUGUCCCUCCCUCGCUCUCACACCGUCGAGUUCUCUCUCUCUGUCCCUCCCUCGCUCUCACACCGUCCAAUUCUCUCUCUCUGUCCCUCCCUCGCUCUCACACCGUCCAAUUCUCUCUCUCCGUCCCUCCCUCGCUCUCCCACCGUAGCAUUCUCUCUCUCCGUCUCUCCCUCCCUCACACUGCCCCCUCUCUCCCUCCCUCACACUGCCCCCUCUCUCGUCGCUCCCCGAGUCCUCUCCUCUUCCGGGCUCUUCCUCUCUGUCCCACUCGUUCACCCCCUCCUCCCUCCUAUCCCCUCGUCCUCCCUCCCCUCCGCUCUCCUCCUCUCCACUCUCUUCCUCUCCGCCCUCUUCCUCUCUGCCCCACCUUCCCCCUCCUCUCCUCUCCCGGGCUCUCCCUCUCUCUCCCUCCCUCUCCUCCUCCCCCUCCCUCCUCUCCUCUCACUGCCUCUUCCUCUCUGCCUCCCUCACCUCCUCCCCCUCCCUCCUAUCCUCUCACUGCCUCUUCCUCUCUGCAUCUGUUCCAUUAUCCAUCGCACGUGGUUCACUGUCUUGUUUGCAGAUGGCAUACACGUGUAG